AUGUCGUCCAUGCGUGGAUUGGUUCAGUUCAUUGCCGACCUACGGAACGCGCGGGCUCGGGAAUUGGAAGAGAAACGGAUCAACAAGGAAUUGGCGAACAUCCGGCAGAAGUUCAAGGACGCGAACCUCAAUGGAUAUCAGAAGAAGAAAUAUGUCUGCAAGCUGCUCUACGUUUAUAUACAAGGCUAUGACAUCGAUUUCGGACACUUGGAAGCUGUGAAUUUGAUCUCCGCGAACAAGUACUCGGAAAAACAGAUUGGAUAUUUGGCCGUCACGCUGUUUCUUCAUGAGCAACACGAGCUAUUGCAUUUGGUCGUCAACAGCAUCCGGAAAGACCUCCUGGAUUAUAAUGAGCUAAAUAACUGUCUGGCACUACAUGCGGUGGCUAAUGUCGGUGGCAGAGAGAUGGGUGAAGCUCUAAGUGUCGAUGUGCACAAGCUUUUGAUCUCUCCUACCUCGAAGGCGUUUGUGAAGAAGAAGGCUGCUCUUACGCUUUUACGAUUGUAUCGUAAGCAUCCCGGAAUUGUUCAACCGGAGUGGGCGGAACGGAUAAUCUCUCUGAUGGAUGACCCGGACAUGGGUGUCACGCUUUCGGUCAUGUCUCUCGUUAUGGCCCUUGUCCAGGAUAAUCCCGAUCGAUAUAAAGGGAGCUAUGCGAAAGCUGCCCAGCGGCUUAAGAGGAUUGUCGUGGACAACGACAUAUCUCCGGACUACAUAUAUUACAAAGUGCCGUGUCCUUGGGUUCAGGUGAAGCUUCUAAGAUUGCUUCAGUAUUACCCUCCUUCUGAUGAUACACACGUCAGAGACCUCAUCCGACAGUCCAUAUCACAGAUCAUGCACUCAGCUAUGGAAACGCCAACAAAUGUACAGCAGAACAAUGCUCAAAAUGCAGUUCUCUUUGAAGCGAUUAACCUUCUUAUACACCUCGAUACUGAACAUACUCUCAUGAUGCAAAUAUCAUCACGUCUCGGGAAAUUCAUACAAUCCCGAGAGACAAACGUACGUUACCUUGGUCUUGAAGCCAUGACGCAUUUUGCAGCGAGAGCAGAGACUCUUGAUCCCAUUAAAGAACACCAAAAUAUCAUUCUUGGCUCCCUACGAGACCGCGAUAUCAGUGUUCGACGCAAAGGCCUCGAUCUUUUAUAUAGCAUGUGUGAUACUUCUAACGCGCGUCCGAUUGUAAAUGAACUUCUACGAUAUUUACAAACCGCCGACUAUUCCAUCCGUGAAGAAAUGGUUCUCAAGGUUGCUAUAUUAACCGAAAAAUAUGCCACUGAUGCCCAAUGGUACAUUGAUAUUUCUCUAAAAUUGCUUUCUCUAGCUGGUGACCAUGUUAGCGAUGAAGUUUGGCAACGAGUUAUCCAGAUUGUUACCAACAAUGAGGAGCUCCAAGCCUACGCCGCGCAACACCUGUUGGGAUAUAUUAAGGGCGAUUGCCACGACAGUUUAGUGAAAAUUGGUGGCUAUAUACUAGGUGAAUUUGGGCAUCUGAUUGCCGACAAUAAGGGAUACAGUCCAAUUGAACAAUUUUUGGCUUUGCAAUCCAAAAUGAGCUUUUGCUCAGACACAACCCGUGCUUUAAUCCUUUCAUCCUUCGUUAAAUUUGUCAAUUUGUUCCCCGAGAUCAAACCCCAACUGCUUCAUGUGUUCCGAAUAUACAGCCAAUCUCCGGAUUCUGAACUGCAACAAAGAGCCUGCGAGUAUCUUGCGCUUACGACCCUGCCGACGGAUGACCUUCUUCGCACUGUUUGCGAUGAGAUGCCGCCGUUCUCGGAAAGAACAUCGGUCCUGCUCUCGCGACUCCACCAAAAAAGUGCUGGGAUUAGCGACAAGCGAACCUGGGUCGUUGGUGGGAAAGAUGCGAAUGCCGAUAAGCAGGAAAUUAUAUUGGCCCAACAAUCGGGUCUUAAACGCUCUUUCACAGCUAUUGUGAAUGGAAAACCAGGCUCUAAUGGAAUAACAAAAACUACAACAUCGGACGAUUUAGCUGGCUUGGAUUUGCUAUCCAAUACGGAUGGCGCGGAACUGAAUCUAGCCAGUGCUGCCCAUCUUUCCGCUGAUUGGGAAAUUGGUUACAACAGACUUUACUUCAAAGACGAAGGUGUCCUAUUUGAAGACGCCCAGAUCCAAGUUGGGCUACGGUCCGAGUACCGCGUUCAUCUGGGCGUAUGCAAAUUAUACUUCACCAACAAAUCGACUUUCCCAAUUGGCUCAUUUACCGCAACACUGGAUAACCCUUCUCCCGAAAGCAUUAAGAUCGAUACCAAAAAUAUGCCGGAUCCGGAUGUACCGGCUCAAAGCCAGACUCAGCAAACAAUUUGCUUUGAAGCCAAAGGACCAUUCACCAAGCCACCGACUAUUCGAAUUUCAUAUCUGGCUGGUGCUCUUCAAGCAUACACAUUGCAACUGCCUGUCCUUAUGCAUAAGUACAUGGACGCGUCGACGUUAUCACCUGAUGACUUUUUCAAGCGAUGGCGUCAAAUAGGGGGUCCACCGCUAGAGGCACAGUCGACGUUUGGCCUUCAUAGUAAGGGUCGAACGAUAACGGAGGCAUUCACGCGUCGGAUUGUUGAAGGAUUUAGGUUCAAGAUUCUUAAUGGAGUGGAUCCCAAUUCGAGAAAUGUGGUCGGAUGUUCGGUUUACCAAACGGAUAGUGGUAAAACUGGGUGCCUGUUGCGGUUAGAACCGAAUUAUGAGAAGAUGAUGUAUCGUCUAACGAUCCGCGCCACCCAAGAUGCCGUGCCCCAAGCAGUGGUAAAGCUGAUGGAAGAGAGAUUAGCCCAUGGUGUCUCUCGCGACAAUGGCUCCAAUGAUUGGGAUAGAUAA